AAAUCACAGUUAUCGCCCCGAGAUAACGCCCGUAACAAUAGCUACUUUGUCCUGAAUUUUUUGGUGUAUGCAGCGUUUCCUUUUUUUUUUCUUGAUUGUCUUUUUUCUUUAUACUCUCCCUACUUUUUUUUUUACUUGUAUAGUAAUAACAUAUAUUAGGAUGGAAAAAGAUAUUACCAAAGAUGAUCUGAUAGAACCUCAAGUAUCAACAACCCAUAGUCAAGAAAUAACUAACUGCGUUUGCCAUUCAGUCUUGCCAACAGCUGACUCUGACCGCUGUAGAUCAUGUAAUCAACUCAUUUGCAUCAUUGACAACCAAAAGCAAGAGUGUUUGACAAUUACUUUAAAAGUGGAAAAACUGAAAUCUCAGCUUAAAGAAAAGCAAUCGUUCAAUGAAUCCAUAAAGCAGCAACUCCAGGAUUUACAAACGACAUAUGACAAACGUCAGCAGGAUAUCAAAAUAAUGAUAGAAAGAAUAGAUUCGAUAGAACAAGAUAUCCAGACGGUUCGUCUGAAGCAUCAAGUCGAAGUAGCUCAUACAAAGGCAAUUGAGCAGUCCAAGAAAAUUGCCCAAGUCGAGUUACAAGAUUUGACUCAAAAAUUGUUUGAAGAGGCCAAUGUUCUGGUGUUCAAAGAGCAACAGGAAAAGGAGCAGCUUCAGAAACAAUAUGAUGAUCUUGAGCAUGUGCUAACAGAAACAGAGCGACAAUUGAAUCUUAUACAGACAGAACUGGAGCAACUUAGGGAAAAGAUGACUCAUGAUGAAGAAAUAAAAACGGCUGCAAUCAAUCGACGUAGCUUUGGAAUCAAGACUACGCAUGAGAACUAUGUGCUUCGAGCUCAGUUGGAUAUGUCGAUGCUAUUUGAUCAGAAACAGCCUGUCGAGGUCAGAUCAAUAUUACAGGAUCAACUCGUGUUGGAUGAGUUUGCCGAGUUUAUAGCGUCAGUAAGAACAGUCCCUAUGACCAAAUUAUCUAAUCUUUCAUUUAUGAAAGUAUGUUUAAAAUCUGACAUCAAGCCUUGUUUGCAGAUGGUUAGAAAGAUAAGCAUAAAGAGAGUUAUUGAUGCAAUUAUAUCGAAAACAUGCUUGAUCGAACCUUGCUCAGUGCCUGAGAAGAGAAAGAACGCGUCCAUGCCAACAAAUGGUACUCUUUGGGAUAGGUUGUCACAGAAAAAGGUAGAUCCAUCUUUCAUAGGUUGCCAUUUAUGUGGAAGAACUCUCGAAGAAGAGCAGGAAAGGUUACUACUUCGUUGGAGGUUCCGAUUAUCCUACUUUGAUGAGUGGGCCCUUAUGGACAAACACUGCCGAGAUCGUAUGGUCUCUGUCAUGGAAUUUUAUGAUUUCAUAAGACGAAUAAAGCAUGGAUAUUAUGAUAACCACCCUAUUCUGGACAUAUACCAAGAAUGCUCUCGCCUCCGACUCCGCAUGUUUAUCAGCAGGUAAAGUAAAGAAA